AAAAAAAAAAAAAAAAAAAAGAAGUAUUCUAAAUUGCACUUCUAAAUAGCAGUGAAGAAGUGGAGAUUUGAUACUACUUGUUCGUUUAAGUAGAUUGGGAAUCUUUCUUUGUAUCCUCUCUGACUCCCACUUAGAAGGACAGUCAGGUACUUGCUGAAGAGGCAAGCAGGUGUCUACAGCAGAACACAGCUGGAAUUGACAAUGAUGAAGUUGAUGGCAACAAUAUGUGUAGUUUCAGAAAGAAAAAGGGAAUCAAAGGUAACACAAAGCAUGCUCCUCUAUUAGAAAAUGAGAAGAUUGAGCCAUCUCUCACCUCAGAAAUCUCAGAUCCCCAUCGUCUUCAAGGAACCAUUGUUAGCUCAGAACCACCACUGCAUCAUUCUCUUCAAAACCUGACUAAUUUUCCUCUGAUACAGAACCACAGAGAGGACAAAGGCAGUUCCCAUUUUGGCAGCAACUUGAAAAAAGACAUGUCUGGGGAAACACAUGACAUCCCAGAAAAUGCUGGCAGUGGGAAAAUAGCAAUAGAAAAAAUGCAGGAAGGGACAGAAACAUCAGGGAAAACAAAGCUGUCCAUGGGUGUACAAUCCACAAGCAACACAGAGGAAGCUGAGUACACAGAGACAGCAUGUGAAGAAAAGGACAGUGAGAAGACAGAGCAUAAACAAGAGGUCUGGGGCAGGAUGGAUGAAGAGAACAGGAAGUUCCAUAUGACAAACAUGGAUUCUCUGGAGAGCACUGCAACCACACAAGGGAGUGAUGCUGCAGUAUGUUUCACACCUGGCAUUUCUAAACAAAGCCUGCAAGAGCUGAAAAAACUUCUGAGUGAAGGCCCUCUGCCUGCUCAUGGGCCCAAUUACAGAGGCGGGUCAAAUGGCACUUUCAGUCAACACAACUUGAAGCCUGUGGAGAAAAGAGCUGAAAAACUAGGCAGGCCUUUUGAGACACUUAGUCUCCAUUUUGGAAAAGAGAAUCAAAAGUACUACAGUUUUCACAAGGAGGGAGCAGGGCAGCAAAGCAAACCUCUGCUGGUCCUUAGCUCUGAUCAGCCGCAACCAGCGGGAGGUGAGGUAGAUCAGCCAUUCCUGAAACAACCAGAAACUUCCAUGAGUGCUGAAAGUUCUGCUCCUGAGGUUCUGCUUGACUCUUCUGCAGACAACGCUGCAUCCAGCAGAGAACCUGAUAUAAACAGCCUUGGAAUUCCAAGCCUCCUUCACCUGUUCUCUCACAUAGAAUUUAUUAAGCAGCAGAUGGCCAGGGACAGCAUACAGUUCGUCAGAUUUGAAUCAAUAGAUCUCCAUGGUGUGUCAAGAUCAAAGAACGUUCCAUCUCGCUUUUUUCAUGAAAAAGCAAUUCAUGGUGUUGCCAUGCCCAGAAGCUAUCUUGAACUGACCCUGAAUCCUAAGGAUAAUGAAAUAGAUUAUAUAAAUGCAACCAAUUUUAAUUGUGACAUAAUCCUGAAUCCUGAUUUAUCAACAUUUCGAAUUCUACCAUGGAAUGAGCAGACUGCUAGAGUGAUAUGUGAUUCCUUCACUGUACUGGGCAACCCUCUAAUGACCUCGCCUAGGCAUGUUGCCAAGAAGCAGCUGAGAGAGCUUCAGGACAAUGGCUUUUCUCUACACUCUGCCUUCACUUAUGAAUUUUGUAUUUAUGGCAUUACUGAGGUUGUAAAUUCGAAGACAAUAUCUUUUCCUGCAGCAACAAUACUAAAUAACCACGACCAGACAUUCAUUCAGGAGCUCAUUGAAGGAAUGUAUUGUACUGGAGCCAACAUUGAAAGCUUUUCUUCUUCUAGUGGGCCUGGACAAAUGGAGAUCACUUUUCAUCCGGCAUUUGGCAUAGAUGCUGCUGACAGUGCCUUUACGUUUAGAACAGGCAUUAAAGAGGUGGCUAAGAAGUAUAGCUACAUAGCUAGCUUUUUCUCAGAAUCAGGAUUCUACAAUUCAGGGGCUCUCUCACAUAGUCUGUGGGAUCUGAAUGGCCAGAAGAAUUUGUUUUCUGUUGGUUAUGGAGCUGAGGAGCUCACAGAUAUUGGAAAAAAUUGGCUGUCUGGUCUCUUGGCACACUCGGCAGCUAUUAGCUGCUUGAUGGCUCCUACCACCAGCUGCCGCAAACCUUAUUCCAAAUACAGCAAAGAAUCGAAAGAGACUGUAAGUGCAAAAUGGGCAUAUAAUGAUAACAGCUGUGCCUUUAAUGUCAAAUGUUACGGUGGAAAAGGUGCUCGCAUAGAGAAUAAAUUAAGUUCUGCUACAGCAAAUCCCUACUUGGUACUUGCUGCUACUAUUGCUGCAGGUCUAGAUGGAGUAAAGAGAGGACUUAAGUAUGAUGAUCCAUCCCAGGAAGAAAACCAUAUAUCUGAUCUGAAACCUUCAUCCAUCCCUCUGAAGCUAGAAGAUGCUCUUGUGGCACUUGAGAAAGAUUCAUGCAUUAGGGAAGCAUUAGGUGAAACUUUCAUCAGUUAUUUCAUUGCCAUGAAACAUUAUGAGUUAGAAACUGAAGAAAUGGAUAGCGAAAGGAACAAAUGCUUGGGGUAUUUUAUUUAGAGGGAGCGCUCUUCUGUACUGAUGCUGUAUAAAGGCAUAUACCGUACACUAAUAUCUUGUAAUUAGUAAAUAUAUUUUGAAAUGUUUUAAUGAUUUAUCUAUUGCAUUUCCUUCUUUGUAUAGUAAAUAGCAAUUUCAUUUUGAAGUCUGUACAGUUUGCAAAGUGGAAAAGUGAUAUUCAUGAAAAAAAAUAUUUUAUGGGCCUUUAGAAUACUAGCUUUUCAUUAUAAGUAAACAGACCUGCUGGGAGAAAGAAGAAAAGAGGAGGUGAAAUGGAAAAGAGCUUCUGUUUUGCUGCACAAAAAGCUCUUCAGGGGCUCUGUGAACAUAUUCAUUUACCAAGUCCCAUCUUUUAUUUCUGGUUGUUUCUCAGUCUUCACAAGAUCUUGGCAGAAAACUCCCAUAAAAGUACUUCCUUUGCUCAUAAUGUUUUCUUACAUUUCACCUUGUUUAGACCUAACAGUUGCACAGUUUAAUAGCUAUUCCUUGUUCUUCUUGGCAAGAUGUAUUAAUGACCAUCAUUGUAUGUAUCUUAUGUAUUAAAAUAAGAAUUUUACAUAACAGCAGGCACAUUGCCUAAACAAAGCUUUACCAGAAAUGGCUAUGGACAUGCAUUAAACUUCUGUAGAUGUAAUAAUCUUAACAAAUUAAAAGUUUAUAUAGAAGUUGAUCCUGAUAUCGAAGCACAAUCCCACACAAGAGUUUUGAAAAUCAAAUUUCUGAUCUAUAUUUUUCAUAUUAUUUUUUCCAUAAAAUAAAAUUGAUUAAAUAAAACAUAAUUGAUCUUGUGUUUCCCAGAGAGAGAAAUGCCAUGUAAAACUGAGAGUUGUUCGUUCAGUUAUUUUGUGACAUAGAUACAUAAAUCAGUCACAACACUAUUUGAAAUGGAAAAUUAACUAGUUUCCUAAAAAUAUAAUGUUUCAAUGUCACAAAAAUAAGAUAAUUCCAAAUUCCAACUCUGUGGGAAAACAUCAUGAAUAUUUCUUUCAAAAUAAGCAGUUAUGAAUUUUUAAAGUUGUCUGUAUCCUUGAACAAUUUUUCAUGAAUUUGCUUCAGAAAGGCAAGGAGAAAAGAUGACCAUUUCAUGCUGCUCAAUUGAAAUAAAUUAACAUUGACUGAUGUGCUGUUAACAUUUCAUCACACGUCGUCUGCAAAUGCCAUUCACAGUUUUGCAGGUCCAAGAUCCAUGUCUCAAGCACCACAGUUCGGUAAUUUAAACUUGUGCAUUGUUUUAAAUUGAAAAAAAUUUAUGAUGACAUUUAAAACCUCUAGCUUUGCAUAAGGUAGUGCUCAUUUCCCAGGAUACUACAGUCAGGUGCUGCAAGGCUUUGCAUGAGAAGUUUCUGGUAUUAAUAAAGCAUCUUUUAAUCUUUUCAGCCUUUAUCAUACUAUGUACUUAUAAAUCCACUGACAAAGUGGUACUGCUUUUGACACUGUGUAACGUAAUCACUACUUUUUCUACAUAUGGUUUCAUGCCAUGAUGAAGAAUUACAAGGAAGAUUGCUCUAAACUCCUAAACUUUAAAAAUACUUAAAGUAUUAGAAGAUGACUUUUUACAAUACCAGCAUGAUAAAGCCAUUAUGAUAGUUGGCAAGUCAAAAAUAAGUUAAACAUUUGCUAGGCUACCUAUGCUUUUUACAGUUUUACAAUACUCAUCAAGUGAACGCUCUCUCAAAAGAGUAGAAGGAUUUCUUCUGUAACAGAAAACAUAGAAAACAUUUUUAUACUGCCAGCUUGAGUGUAAUUUAGCUUUUAUGGAAGGAUAUUCCAUAUUGCACAUACCUUAUAACAUGUUUUCAAUUUGUAUCACCGUGUCAUUUCACUAAAUCUUUUCAAUUAAAUGAGGUUAUAGAUUGGUGCUGUGAGGUAUUUGUCAUUAAAAUUGUGGGAUAUAUUUUCUGUGGAAAAAAUCUCAACUUACGUUAUGAGCAAGAUUAUAAAUUUGACAUUUUAAAUUCAGUGAUAUUUUAAAGUCAUAGUUUCUUUAUAAAAGUUACAACUAAUCUGAAAUUAUGAAGACACGAAGAGAAUUCAGUGUAUAAUUUCUUUGGAAUAGCAAAGUACACAUUACAGAGAAAUGGGGAGAUGGAUAAUUGAGGAGGAUUUUGUGUUCAAAAAUGAAGAAUGUAUGUAAUAGGAAGUGACAGUGACUUAUUUUGGAGUCCAUCCUAUUCAUAAUUUUCCUUACUGACCUAGAUAGUGAAAUAGAGAACAAGCUUAUUAUAUUUGUAAUUUCUUUUUUUUCCUUUUCCACUGAUGUUAAUGAAAAUAAUAAGAUAGAAAAGAUGGGGAAAAAAAAAAAAAAGAAGUUAAAAUAUUGGAGAAACGUUCAGGAAAAAGAAAUAUUUCAGUAAUGGUUAAAUGAAAGAUACUACACUGAAACACAGAUCUGAGCUGCAUUAGUAUGUGUUUCUUUGGAAAGGACUCUGGGUUGUGUUCCAUUUCACCGGCUCUCAGUUUCAAAUUGAGAUCAGUGAAAUUAUUCUCACAUACAGGUUAACUGGAGAAAAUCCAUAGAGGAGCAAAGAAAACGAUCAUAAUUCUAGACCCUACUUACUAGGAAAGACUGAAAGGUUCAUCUUAGAAAGAGGAUAUGUAUAUAAAGGUUUAUAAUGUUUUUCAAGUACGUAAAAUAUGUUGAUAAGUAGAAGAAUAUAAUCUGUCUGUUGUGGUCAAGAUGGAACUAACAGAGUUAGUUAUCAAAAAAAGACAUAGAAUAGACACUGGAGAACUUCAAAGCAUUCAGGAUAGUGAAUCACUAGGACUAACAUUAAGAAAACCUGAAGAAUCACCAACAUGCUUUUAACUAAUGGAUACUUGUAGAAUCUGGGAGAGCUCCGAUAAGAGUCACAAAACUUUUGUGACUUAUGAUGUACCAAGAUAAUACAUCCUCAGGGGUGUAAACUUUGGUUUCCUUGUUGUUGUGUUAUUGCCGAAGAGACAGGCGAAUUCUGAGCUCAUAACUAAGUUAAUAGGAAAAGAAAUAUACUAUAUGUAUAUAUAUGUAUACAUAUGUAUAUGUAUAUGCACAAUGAUACAGAAGUCCAUCUCUUUAUCUAGAGAUGAAGGUGAUAUCACUUACUUCUAGCCUUGGAAGAACUAUGUAUAUGGUCUAAUAUAAUCAGUAAAAUAGAAAUCAAAGAUAAUUAGACAGUUGAGUUGCAUACUUUCAUUCAUUACCUACAGAAAUGAUGCAGAUAUUUGGCCAAAGCCACAUAAUAAUACUUCUAUUCAGUUAUCUCAUUAUCAGCAUCUUUUACAUACAUCUAUGAAAACAAUUCAUUUCACAUAGACAUUUGACUCACCAGGAUGUGAUUGUAACACCAGCCUGAGGUAGUUUCAUCUGAAAAUUUAAACUGUGUGCAUGUAUUAGUUGUUAACUACCUUAUAACUAAGAAUUCAAGCAGACACACAUAUGUUCCUUAAUAGGCUUUCCUGUUUCCUAGCCUUACUGAGUCACACAUCCCUCAGGUCAGGAAUUGGUUCAAAAUAAGUAGUAUCCUUAGGUCUGGCUGACCAUAUCUACUUGAUGUGGCUCUAAAACGUGAGAUAGCUGUAGCUCCAUUCCUAUAUCUCACUGCCUCCUUACUAGGUGGUUAGGUAUGGGGAAAAGCAGUAGUUAGUUGGGCUUAUGUAGACUUCUGCCAAUAAAGUCUCAGAUUUUAAAAUUUCCUCGUUGGUGUUCCUCCACCUGUUUUUGAAAAGAAGUUGACAUUCUGCCAAGGAGAGUUAUGCAAAAUCUUCUCUUCCUCAAGUACACAGAAUGAUUUGUUUUCUCUAUCCUUCUACACGCAGUCCAACUUGAAACUGAAGGUUAAUAAACAGUACCUGUGUAGGUAUAUGUCUCAUAUUUAUUCUGAGCUCAGUAGAUAUCAAAGGUGGAGAUUGGUUCAACAUUUAACCCAGUAUGGCCUUUGAACCAGAGAAAUUCAGAGAAAAUUCCAUUAUUGGUUAUCCAGAAUAUCCUCUUUGAAGAUAGAAAUAAUAGCUAAAUCACGUUGUUUUUAGGGUAGGAAUUCUAUUAGUAGUAUGCAUACACAAGGAAGAAGAUUCACUAGAAGAUUCACUAGAAGAUACACAGUCAGAAAAACUGACUCACUAUUACAGUUAGACAUACCAUGUAAUUAAACAAUAGGAACAAAGUGAAAAAGGUGUUGAAACACCAUGCUAUGAAGCGCAAAUAAAUUUUGUGCUGUGCAAUGUACUAUGAAAACAUCUCACACACCUUGAUCUAUUUUGUGACAUAGUGUCACAAUUAUUAUAUAAUUGUGUCACAAAAUUAUAUAAAAUCUACAGAUUCCUCCAUACAGUACUAUGAAUUUGAAAAUGGCAUUCAUUUAACUAUGCUUCAGGUAUUGUAAGAUACAAAAAAAAAGUUUAUUUUCAGAGUUAAAGAAUCUGCUGUGAGUCAAACUGCUGACACCAUCCACACAAGUGAAUCUUCAGUCUUUCUUCUUUCAGGCUCCAGCCAGAGGGCAGCAGCGCACUGCGCAACUUUCCUCUGGAAUCUCAAACUCUCAUACGGCCCUGCAAAACAUUACAUAAAAAUAUAUCUAUUUAUUUUGUAUAUGUACAUAUAGUAUUUCAAAGAAUCACAGCACAGUAGCUGAAAGGUAGUGCACCUGUGUGAGGUCCUGGGUUUGGAUCGAUCUCUGGAGGUCCCUUUCAAACCCAGUGAUUCUGUGAUUCUGUGAUUCUUCACCACUUGGUUAGUUAAGCUUAGUUUACCAUUGAAUUUUCCAGUAAAGCUGCAUUUUGAGACUUUUCAAAAUAUUGUCUCAAUUCCUAAUCAAAUUAUGUAAAUCUUUAGUUAAUCUAAAGAGAUACAUCCAUGUUUGUGUGAAUGUACAUAUGCAUAUAAUCUUCAUAUAUGUUAACAAUGCUGCAACCGAGGAAUUUGUUAUCUAACAGCAGCACUUUGUAACUGAAUUUAGGCCGCCACUGAAUAGUCUUUCAUAGUAUCACAUUAUUAAAAUGCUGUGGAGAGUCUACUUGCUCAUAUGGAUUGCCAUUUUACUAUACUAAUUUGUCUCCUUUCCAACUUUUUUUUUUUUUUCUUGUCUGCUGUGGGAGAAUCAUAAAUAUAUAAUAAAUGCAUCCUAGAUACACCAAUUGCUACUGCCUUUCUGUUCCUGAGCAGAACUGUGUAAAGGUUUUCAGAACCUAAAUGCAGAAUUAAGGUUAUCAAGAAUUAGCUAUACAUUUAGUAGGCACUUCUACAUAUAAUUCUGACUACAUAUUUAGUCAGUAUUAGUUAAUAUUCAUUCUGCAUGUCAACUUCCACACCUCAUAUUUAUCACAUAUUUAAUCUUUACGCAAAUUUGCAAGAUUCAGGCUUUAAUAGUGCCCUUUCCUCAACUCGCUUUGCAACUUCCUUUUGUUUCCUUUCCUAGUAAAAAGCUCAAAUAAGCUUAAAAUUGUCCAAAUGCUUUAAAGAAAAACUGAAUCUGCAUUGUCGUUGCAAAACGUUAAUUUAACUGGUCUGAAAUUUUGCUGUCUGGAAAACAGAAAAAUAUGGUCCCAGGAUAUGUCAGUAAAGGAAGCAAAGAGCAGACAAACUGUCUACGGGCAGUUUCACUAAACAUCUACGUUAUACUUCAACAGUGGGAAAAAGAAGUGAAAAGGUCUGAGUAAGUGAGGGUGCUCAAUUUAUAUAAGCUCUUAUUCACCACCUGAGAAAAGCCCAACAACGCAGCAGUCAGGAUGUCAGCUGCUGGAUGAGGAAUAAUUGGUUGAAGUUGAAUAAAACCGUGGCUGACAGAGAAGCCACUUAGAUGAGUUCACAACUGCAGAGCAAUUUUCUUUUGAUUGAAGGUAUGCAACAACUGUUGUUCAGUUUAAUCUUUAAUUUAAAAGUGCUUUUUGAUUUCUUUGCUGACAUUAAGCUCUCAUCAUGACAACAUCCACGGACAGCAUUUUCUGCCAUCUCAGUCUGUACUGGCAAUGAUAUUUCAUCCUGGUAGAUGUUAUGUCCUUAGUUUUUCUUUUAUUUUUUGUUUGAUGUAUAAAACUAAGGUAUACCUGAGGUGGAACCUGCUAGCACUUACAGGAUCACAGGUAAUGCACACAUCAUUAUGUGUCUCUUUGACGUACACUGAUGUAGUCUUUCUGUAGGAUAUCAAGUUGAAUUCACAGUUUUUGGUGCCUCACUCACAUUUUUAGGUAUACAGCCAUGCAUCUCAGUGUGGAAGUUAGUUCUCAUAGAAUCACUGGCUACUUGGUGGCAAGAGAUUACCAUCUCCAAAGAUACAUUGAGAUAUAUACAUAUGUUUAUACAACAUUUGAAAAUUUAUCUUGCAGUAGCGUUAGAGGUGAUAGUAACCACAACCUUACUGAAACCUACUUUCAUAUAUGUCAUUCAACCACAUGCUGGAUCUAGUAGGGAUGGGUUCAUUUUCUUAAUAUUAACCUGUAGGUUUGCAGCCUACAGUGCUUGCAUAGAAUCUAGGCCUGUUUUGCUUCUGACUCCCCACUGGGUGUAGCCAAGAGGGUGGGUCUUGGCUAGGACUGCUGACAUGAACUGGCCAAAGUGAUACCCCAUGUCUUAUAACUUAGUACUCAGCAAUCAAAACUGUGAAGCAGUUUUCUUUUUUACCCAAAUUAGACAUUGCUUGGUGACUGGAUGAUCACUGAUCUGCCUGUGAAAGGUGAUAGGUGAGUCUCCGCUCAUGUUUACCCUUCCAACUUCUCUCCUCCAUCCUAAUGGAGGGGGACAGGAUGUGCAAAGAAUUGGGUGUCGGUUGAUGGCCAAAAGUCAAUCUACCACAAAGAAUCAUUUGAAUACUCUUCUUCCUGGCCCAAGUCUACCCUAGGUGAAAGGCAGUACAUUAGCUAAAAAUCCCAGAGAUUUUUGAGACAGAAAGACAGAUAUCGAGCACUUGGAAUUCAUCCAGAGGUGGGCCGCAAAAAUGAUGCAAGAGACAGAACACCUGUCUCACAAGGACAGGCUGAGAGAGCUGGGGCUGUUCUCUUAGAGAAGGCUCUGAGGUGAGAAGGCAGUAAGAAGGAAUGGAACACACACUUUAGUGGAGUCUGUUGCUAUUGAGCAAGAGGAAAUAGAACUAAAAGAGGAGAGAUUUAGAUUGGACAUAAGAAGUUUCCUCUAUAAUAAGGGCGGUCAGGCACUGGAACAGGUUGCCCAGAGUUUUAGUGGGUAUCCUGCCAUUGGAGACAUUCAAGGUCAGACUACACAGUGCUCUAAGCAUCCUGAUUUUGCUGUGCUAUCCCUCUUUAUUGGAGAGGUAUCAGACCAGUAGGCCUUUAAAAGUCCCUUCCAACACAAAUAUUUCCACUACUUUAUGAAUAAUUGAGUAUGUUAGCAAUACUAGAAUUUUUAUGAAAAAGUGGAAAAGCCCAAGGUUCUUCAAAUCUGGGAGACAAUCGGCAAAUUUAAUAUACUGCCUAUGCCUUUGUUAGAUCUCUUAAAGAAAAUGGUCUUUUCUGUAUGGCACCUUAUUCAUGAGAUUAGAGGCUAAUAUAUUUUAAAUUAUGUGCUCUGUAGACUUCUUAAAAAUAUUUAUAUAUAAAUAUUUCAUUGGUUGCAGGUAAUUCUUCACCAUACAUCAGCAGCAAGUUUAGUAAAAGUCUAGUAUAUUCUCCAGCAGUGCUAAGUGAACACAUCACUAGGGGCUUACAACAGAGUCGCUUAGUGAAAACUUCAGUGCCCCCUGGUAAAUCACUGUUUCACAAUGAAGUUACAUAAUCAGCUGCACAAUAGUGGAAGCAACGGCAAAGAGUCUCACAAUGAAGCUACACCAUUAGUUUCUAUAUAUUGUACAGUAAAUCAAUAUAAAUUUACAAUAGAAUUACAUGCUAAGCUUCUCUGUAUUAUACACUAUAUCACUGAGAUUCACAAUAGGGUUCACCUUUAAGCUCUUGUGUGCUGUAUCAUAAAUCACUAAGUGACAGUAAGGUCCAGCAAGCACCUUGCUUUAUUUGGAUUAUUAUUAUUACUGUAGUGGUAUGUCUUUGACUGAAGAGUCUAAGUAAAAUGGCAAAUCACAUUGACUUCGAGGAUGUAUGUGGAAUGUCGUCAUCUUGGCAGGGUGAGGCAAAGCUGUGCUUCUUUUGAGAUGCUCACAGUUCUGCUUAGAAACAUGGUAGUUUUACAACACACUGGGAUGUAUUAACCAAACUUUGAACUUCAAGGAACAAUGAGACUGUCUCUUUAGUUUAGGUAUUCUGCACAUUGCCCCAUCACUGCUGACCACACCUCACAAUGAGGAUGAACUCAUCCUGGGGCUCUGAAGAUUGCCUUGCUCAUCACACACGUUCAUUAAGUAUAACUUUAUACGUUUCAUUUAGUAUUUU